AUGCCGGAGGAGCCGCCUUCCCUUCUGCCUCCGGGGGCGCACGGCCAGCAGAGCCGAGCCGAGCGCGGCGGCGGCAGCAGCAGCAGCAUUAGCAGCAGCCCUGCCCGGGAGCGGCGCCGUCGAGCGGGAGCCGAGGCGGGAGAGCCCGGGCCCCCUGCCGAUGGGGCGGCCGUCGCAGGUGGGGCUCUAGGGCGGCGGCCGGGCUGAGAUCCGCUCCUCCCCUCCGGCCGCAGUCGAGCGCCUCCCUGCCCGUCCCCCUCGGGAAUCGGUCUGGCUCCGGAUUGAGGUGAGGUCGGGGAAAGGCAUCCUCGCAGCCGACCAGGCGCCCAGAUCCCCUCGGGGAUGGACGGGACCCACCUGAUCCCGCUUGGCCAGGACCGGAAUUGAGCCGUUCCAGUUUCCCCGCCUCGGAUCAGAAGAGGCUCCGGAAUCACCCCAGGAGCGCACGGGGGUGGGGGGUGGGGACGCGAAGAGAUUGGUGGAAGCCCGGAGAGCGAGUGGCGGCGGAGAUCCGUCGGGUUCGAGACCUGUCGGGGAAGGAAGGACCAGACCAGAGCCUUCAAUCGGCAGCCGGAUCCUCAGAUCGCUCAGGGAGAUGAUCUCCCCUGCCCAGAAGGGAUCGGGUUCGAGAUCUCGCAGGCACGGCCAGAUGGGGGUAGGGGCGACCCAGCCAGGCUGGCCCCACCUGACAGGAGUCCAGAUGCUCCACCUGUGCCGGUCCAGAUGCUCUUGAGGCAGCCGGUCCCUCAGGUCAGGAAAGGACUCGCCCGCCUUGCCCCUUGGGGGGUCUCCGCAGGAGGAGGCCGGGACAUGUGAUCCCCCUCAGAUCAAGACUCCACCACAAUAGCUGGAAGACAAGUCCGGCGGACCCCACAGUGGGGAUCCCGGAGAGAUUGCCUGCUUCUCUGAGGUCCCAGAUGAUCCCCGCUUGCCUGGCCCUUUGACAGCACAGAGACCCUCUCCCCUGCCCCCCAGCCUACCUCUCCAGGCCUCCCUGCCGCAGCCCCACCUGGGACCCUGGCUGUGCUGGCGCCAUCCAGUGGUGGGGCAGCCUUGGGGCAGGGGGCGACUCCGUCCAGAGAUGCCCUGGGUGGUCUUUGGCUUCCUGCUGCUUCUGCUUCGGGGGACGCGGGCACUCCAAGGGGCAGAGCUGUCUGAAUGUUUCAUGGUGAAUGGGGCUGAUUAUCGAGGGACGCAGAACCGGACUUCGCUAGAGAGCACCGGGCGGCCCUGUCUGUAUUGGAACCAGACGCGAGAGCAUGUUUACAACACGGCCAAGUACCCAAAUGGCGAGUGGGGACUGGGCAGCCAUAACUAUUGCCGGAACCCAGAUGGCGACGUGCAGCCGUGGUGCUACAUCUCUGAGAAUGAAGAAGGGAUCUAUUGGAAGUACUGCGACAUCCCUACCUGCCACAUGCCUGGUUACGUCGGCUGCUUCCUGGAUUCUGGGACUCCUCCUGCACUGAGCGGCAGCAGCGGCACCUCCACCAAACUCACGGUGCAAGUUUGCCUCAGCUUCUGCCGCAAGCGGGGCUAUAAGUUUGCCGGGGUGGAAGCCGGCUAUGCCUGUUUCUGUGGCCAUGAGGGAGAUAUCCGGCGCAGCCAGCCAGUGAGCGCUGUGGAGUGUGACCAAGUCUGCUUCGGCAAGUCCAGCGAACUGUGUGGGGGGGACGGACGGAUUGGUAUAUAUAACGUCUCCAUGGGUGCCUGUCAGGGAAACUUCAGCGACCUCUCCGGUGUGAUCUACUCGCCCCAGUUUCCGGACGACUACGAGGCCGACAGCAACUGCAGCUGGGUCCUGUGCCCCCUGGGCUGCGAGUCCUUGGAGCUGACUUUCCGGAUCUUUGACCUGCACGACCCCAACGACCGCCUGGAGCUUUGGGACGGACGCAGCAACCAGCUGUUGGCCCAGUUUGAUGGGCGCCGGAAGCCCGGAGCUUCCCUGCUGCUGCUCACGGACUAUUUGAUCCUUUCUUUCCAGUCGGACCAGCUCUUGCAAGCCCAGGGCUUUGCCAUCUCAUAUAGGGGGGUAAAGGGUCCCGCAAUCAACGAAGCCCGAUCUGACUUGCGGACGCUCCCAGGUGAUGGAUCCCACCUCAUCCCGACCUCUUCUGAGUGGCUCAACUCUACCUGGCCUUACAGUGCCAAUGACUCUGCUAUUGGGGUUGGAGCUUGGGUGAUCUACACUGCCACGGGGACCUUCGUCUUGGCCAUCCUCAUCAUCUCCUAUCACCUGCGUAAAAGGACUUGCCUUUUUGUGCAGAAGAAGACUGGCAAUUCUCUGGGCCCCUUCUCCUCCAAAGGCCCACGAAGUCGCUGCCAGUGCCUCGGAGGAGAGGCGUGGGCUGUGGCCUACCGGCACACCCGCGUGGUGAUCUGCACCACCCGUGGCGCCCCGCACCACCGCCCCCUUCACAAUGGCGGCGGGGCCGGCGGCGAUGAUGAGGCCUCCUCCGACUGCUCCUGCCUGUGCCACAGUUACGAGAACCUUUCUUCUACCAAUCAGUCCUCUCUCAAAUCUCUCAUCUCCACCAUCUGAAGCCAUAAAGGGGGGGUCCUGUCAUUUCCGCCUCUCACCAUCACUUCCAUCCAAGGACCAGUCCAUUUUCCAUCGCCAAACUUGGGAUUUCCUCGGCUGACUGGGAAUCAAGCAGUCUGAACUCUAUAGCCAUAACCCCUCAGGGUAGGUGGGAGUCAGUGCCUGGAAUGAGUGGUUGAUAGCAGCAUUGGGGGAAAUGGGGGACCUUUUGUGAGCAGACAGUGUUUCUUGAGGUUGAGAGAGCUGCCGCAGAAGCUAUCCCUCGGGGAGAAUACAAGGUGCCGGGACCUUAUAGCCAUAUCUCUUUGGGGGGGAAACAUAUAUGCCUCUUUUGAAGCAAGCAGGUCACUUAUUGGUGCUGGAAUUUUUACAAGCACCUCCUGUGAGAAGCAAGGGGCCGGGAGGGAUGCCUGCCCCAAUUCUCCCGUAGAAAUCUUCACUGCAGAGAGGACUCGUGUCCUGUUCAGGGAUUAAGGACCACAUGUACUGGGAGUCGGAGCUCCUUUUGAUUCUGUAUUAUGCAAAGGCCCGGUGGGAUCCUGCGGCCGCAUCUGUACAGCAUUGUGAAGCUGCGGCAGGAGAUCGGUGGCUGGCACGCAGACACCGAAUGGAGAAAAGGGGGCCCUUGGUUGCAUGCUGAGCCGAUCGCUGUGGGGUUGUUUGGGUGCAAACCGAGUCCAGAGGCCGUGGGACACACAGAAGAAGAAGGGAUAUUCAUUUGGCUUUCAGAAAUGCAACAAUCGCAUCAGAUAAGAAGAGAGGAUAUGUGAAGCAGCCCCUUCGUCUCCUGUGCCCGCAAGGCAUUAACGGACUUCGGCAUAUAAAGCUUCCAUUAAAUUAUUUUCAUAUUG